UAGCAAUGUCUGAGAGAAACUAUGGAAAACGACCUUCAAAUUUUGGUGCCCCAAAUGGAGGCUACGGCGGAAGAGGUGGUCCUAAACAGUUUCGUCCUGCCUACAACAACCACAAUCAUAAUUAUCCUCAAGUUGAUGUCUUUUCCAAUGACGUCCCUUUAGGCCCCGGAAGGCACUCGGCCAAUUCGAAUCCUCCUGCUGAUUAUCCAGGGUUUGGAGCAGGUCACGGAUAUCAAGGUCCUCCCGCUGGACCUGCUCCUCCGAUGCCACGUGCUCCCUUCCAGGCUGUGGCGAAAUCGGUCAUACCGUGCGAGUACUGCGAUGCUCAUUUUAUCAGUCCAGAAAUGCUAACAAUUCAUCUUCAAGAUAUCCAUCGAAUCACUAGGAAUGUACAAUACCCAACAUCCGCCCAUUAUAUCCCAAAUUCAGCUUCCCAGCCCAACCCUAAUGUAUUGCCUCUGCCACCUAGAGAAUUCGAUCAACGGGAUCCAAAACGUCGAAGUCCUGUGACUAAAAAUAGUUUUGUGCCGAGAGCCAAUAAUACCGCGUCUAACGCAAUAAUUCACGAUGUUAGUCGAAAUCCAAUGCAGCAGUUUACCUCUUUCGUUGACGGAACUGAUAAGAACAAUCCGAAGCCAAAAAAGGAAAAGAAUUAUGACUGUACAGAAUGUGGAAAGAGAUUCACAUCUGCUGGGGGGGUUGAGCAGCAUAGAAUGGUUAACCACCCUACAGUUGAAGAUACGCUUCCAACCAGAUGCGAAGUAUGCGCGAAGGUCUUCAAAACUUACGUGCAGUAUUACCAGCAUAGAAUCAAUGCGCAUGAGUUUAACGGCGUUGCGAAUGGAAUUCUAAACCCGACUAAUAACUCGGGUAACAAGGAAGGGAAAUUUGUGCACCCUAAAAAAGGUCACCCUGAUUCAGAUAUGGGGUAUUUGUGUCAAAGAUGUAACAAGAUGUUCCAAAAAUAUCUAAGCUAUGUCGCCCAUGCGAGGACAAAACACAACGAGUUGAAGAACGUGCACGUGUGUAAAGAUUGCGACACGCCAUUCUGGGCUAAAUUGGACCUAGAUCGACAUCAUUGCGUGUAUCCAGAUGACACUGAAAUAUACCAAUGCCCAGACUGCAGUGUGAAAUUGACAUCUCAAGAAAAGUACGAAAAACACUGGCAUUUUACCCACAACAAGCAUAAUUUAUUCAAUUGCGAUAUAUGCCGCAAGCCGUUUUUGGAGCACGCCUCCUAUAAGCAACACAUGGAAGCGCAUAAGCCAGGCGAUAAUGAAAAAUUCACACUGUUAUGUAAUUUCUGCGAUCAAAAGUUCGAGAAAGUUUCGCAUGCUGAGAAUCAUACGAGGCAAUAUCACAGUAGCGCCGGUGCGUUUAUAGAGAAAGUUUGCAGUAAGUGUUUCAAUGAUUACACCGCGAAUUCGACGGAUGUUUUGGGAGUCUGUGAAAGGUGCGUAAAAGAAUCAGUUGAUGAACAAUUUAGCCCACAUGAAAAGGGUCAACAACAACAACAACAGCAACCAGAAGAGCUAUACCAGCAUCAACAGUAUCAUGAUCAGUCGUUUACAGAUGAUGUGCCGACUAAUUUCUGAAGUGUUUAUAAAAUGUUACGAAGUUUUGUUCAUCCUAAAACUGAAAAUAAUAUCAUGAUGCAGUGCUCAGAUAGUAUAAAUUGUUCAGA